AUGAGCGAAGUAGUGGAGGAGGAAGAGGAGGAGGAGGAGGAGGAGGAGGAGGAGGAGGAGGCAAUCGUUUCGCCCAAUGUCCUUUUAGAAUUUCGGCGCUCAUUUUUUACCCCCACUAUCAAGGUUGCCCUCCAGAAGAUAAUUUUAAAUAGGCGUUGUAAUUUUUACAGCAAUGCCGAAAGUCUUUUUAAGACCUUCUUUGACUGUCACGAGGGGUGUGUCCGCCGGCCAGAUCCUGGGACGUACUCGUCCCGUUGCGCCUUCGGGCUCAAUCUGGAACCCUCACAGGCGUUAACAUAGCAAAUAAUAAUCAUGCAGGAAGGGGUACCGACAAAGAAAAGGCCUAGCAGCCGUCGUCAGGCUGCCAUAGUCAUUUCUAUAUUUGCAGGGCUUCGGAUUCGAUGUCAGAUUAUUUGGUCAUGGGAUAUUGCUCAUUCUAAGACAACGCAGUUGUAUCGUAUCCCUACGCGAAAAUCUCCGAUUAAAGGUCCUGUAAUUGAAUCACGGGCACCUUGUCGUGUCGGUUGUGAUCGGGAAUAUUUAUUGACGACACGACGUGAGACAGCGAUAGGGUGUAUUGUGUCAUAAGGGAAUGGUGGUAAGGGGGGUUUCACGGGUUGGGUAGGACGCCAGAAAGUGAACUGACGAAGUGCAAGAAAACACAGAGGUUGUUUUCAUUUUUGCCGAAAGCCUUAUCGCGCGCUUUAGUAUAGCAACGGAAGUGAGCGCGUUAAGUAAAAAGUAGGCAGAAAGCACUUUUCAAAAAAAACGGAGUUUGAGUAAUGGUUUGGGGUCACGAGAAGUGUUUGUUGUUGGCAGGGGGUGCGGUGGUGCGCCCAGGUGCGAGUUUCUUCGUGCCAGUCACCUGCAGUCUUGUUGACUCCCUGUUGACACCGGGCCCAGGUGGGGAGGAGAAGAGAGUGCGGUAGAUGCAGCGCAAGUCCACUCCUAUUAUAAACUAAUUCACGCGAUCGUGGCCGUGCCCGCUUUCACCCUGCUGUGGAGCACACGGUGGACAUCGUAAAAAUCGACGCGCGGACUGAAAACCACUGUGAUGGCUGUCCAAAUUUUGUCUUCCUUGACUUUUUAUUUGGGAAUCUCGAGCUGUCAACUCGCUACACUCUUACAGACAAAAGCCAGGGAUACAUUGGCACAUUGCAGUCAGCAGCACUGCCGUAACUAACUACUGUCGGACCUGCGCGUGACACGCCGCGUCGGACACCCAGCCUAGCCUCAUCACCAACUGGUCAGCAGGCUCGGACAGCAAAUCAGUGCAUGGGCGAGACAAUAGCGAGCGAGGUCGAUAUUAAUGUGGGAUUCAUCCUCACGGAAAAUCAGCGCAUUUCUCACCACAGUAAGUCUGGCGCGGCUCAGCCUAUCAGACAGGUUAAAGUCCUGUCCUCGGUGAGAUUCGAACUCACGCAGUAAGGGGACGGCUUUAGUACAGCCAACGCUCUAACCACUUGAGCUACGAGGCCCCGCCGGACGACGCAAGUUCAACCACAUUUGGGUCAAGAUACCCGCCCAACCUACUGCAAUGUCCGGAAUCCACCAAAUCUGAUACAGUAAGAUGACUGCCCAAACAGGAUUUCCUAAGUAAUUCACCUAGCAUCCACCAGAUGACUACCAGGCUCACGUAAUUCAUAGAUAUUUUGGCAGAUUUUGAAUAAUUCAUAUUGACCCAACUGUGAAAAACUCGGCGCCUCGGUGGGAUUCGAACUCACGCAGUAAGGGGAAGGCUUUAGUACUCCUUCUUAUUAGUUGGGGCCUGACAGAUGGCUAACCCACGAGAUAAAUGGGUUUAACUCAGGAUUGAGGGUCAAUUUGCACUGGACCAAGUAUGUGAGAGCUAGGACCCCCUGAAUGAAGCCUGGCAGUUGUGGCGUUAUGGACCAGUUCAUAUGCGGCAGGCAUGACGGUCUGCUGAAAUUUUUCAACCACUGCGCCUACACUCACCGCAGGUCGCCUAGACCUCGUCUCAUCAUCGGAACACGAUGGUUGCGGGAGGCGGGAGUGUAGUAAAUUUAGCGCAAGUCACGACUGUGCUCACCUUUUGAGGGGGUGGUUGAACUUAUUUCUCGAAGCAAUCCAACUAUCCGGUCUGCCACCUGACACAGGAGUGCGCUUUUAUUCGACCUCCCCAAGUACAUGCGUCCAAUCUUUCUCUCAUAUUUCGUCUCCCCAAAGAUGGAACUACUAGCUCCUUUUGUUUGGAAAUUGGGUACGUUUUCCGUGCGCUUAGUCAACUUUGUAGCGUGACAACCCUCCUCUACUGAAAAAAAUUUUCUGAUCGCUUUUAGUCUGCAUAAGAGCGGACCAGUUGAUCGAGAAAAAUCACGGUGUUAAGCUUGUGUUCCAGUUCGUCCUCUCAUGUAAUCCUGACGAAUGAUUUCGUCAUCUUGUGUCACCCGUCCUCCGUGCCGCCGCGGCCGCCAUCGUCGGAACUUUCGUCUAUAGCGAGUGCCCGAAACCGGACAUGUCUCACGCUCAUGCUUAUGCCUCGUGCUCCCGGUCCUCCGUCCUAGCGGCCACGUCAUGGCGGACGAUUUCAUCAGCUCGUGUCGCCCUCGCCGGCUCCACCUAGCGCGCGUGAAGGCAGGGGCGAAAUCAUGUGUAUCGACCAAUCACAGAUGUCGACACUGGACGACCUGGCUGAUAGGCUGAUGGACACUUCCACUCGUACGCGCGCCUGCCACGCUUUCGCGCACUUCUAACGGGAAAACGGAUUCUCCUGGGCUUCACAGAACAGGUUGGUCUUUCUUGCAAGGGCACAGGUCGUACCGGUUGGUAUCUCAGCAUAAAUGAGACCUGAAAAUGCCAGCGUCUCAGUUUCCUCGACACUUGUCGAUUAGCCUCGGACAUUCCCCUUUAUGAAAGUUAUCGUUGUUUUGCUGUUUUACGAGACGUGGCCCAAGCCUGCACAGCUUCGGAAAGUUGUUUAUCUUUUUCAGGCAUAAUUCGGUGACUUAAAUGGGGGCAGAGGAUUUGCAAUUGCUAGAUGCCAUUUCACGCCGCUCGUCACCAUCCAGUUAUUAUUUUGCUUGCAGUUAAAGGUGGAGCUUCGGGUAGCUUACUCUAAGUCAAAACUGUUUCCAAGCAGCGUUAACAACCAGUUUAUGACUUCACCGCUGCUAACUCGUCGAACAUUCUGAGUAACGAAGCCACGGCCUCCUCCAGCAACUUCCUGAGAUCACACCCGAAAGACAGCAGACCAAAAAGACAGACUCUUGCUCAGGCGUCUGUUCCUUGUGGGCACGCAUGAACACUUCUGCCUGAGAUUUGGCCCUGUUGGUGGUGGUGGUGGUGGUGGUGGUGGCGGUGGUGGUGGUGGCCGAAAACGAGGCCGUGGAGUGCAGUGAGUCAUGCCUGAUAGAGAAAUAGAGAGAGAGAGGUGGCAGUUGCUGAAUGUCACUGGGGGUGGAAUCGCGUGAUGGUGACAGGGUCACUCCGGAUUCAUCAACAAGUUGGUAGGCCGCACCACUUUAAUUUGUUAGCCGAUACGAGUUCAGAUAGGGGACAACUUGGAGUAUUCUCCUAUCUCAAAUUUUUUGGCUACCUGGAAUUUAGCAGUACCUAGCCUAGCGAAUCUCGAACAGCGGUUUUCCGCAUACUGGGUACCUGCCUUGUAGGCACCAAUUGACCUGAAUCGCUCCAAGGAGACGCUUAUCCCAUCGGAAGACAUUUUGAAGGCCUAAGGUGGCGUGAAAGUAUUAUGUGCUACUGUUUGCAUUCUCUGACGCCUUUGUUUAUAUGCACAACUGACGCCUAUAACAGACCUUAUAAAUGACCUAACUGACAUCACUGCCCAUUAACCUGUAGCCGGUAUUCUGCAUAACUUGGUUCCCUUCUCAGAUAGGCAUUGUUCCCACAUUUUGGUCGAGUCCUUAUAGUUCAGAUUGGAAAAGUUUAGAGAUCCGGGAAGAUUAUAAGAAGAAGAAAAUUGGCUCUCCGGAGAGCCAAUUUUCUUCUUCUUAUAGUCCUUAUAGUGUCCUACUCCGAGAGCCUGUAGCAACGCUGGGUUCUCGCGAGUGCCUGCACGUGCUCAGCAGGGCUGUCUGGCAUUCACCCACUCGGGUCUCCAACUAGUCAAUCGGAUUCGAGGCCGAGUCAGUCGUGCCCUGGCUUAG